AUGUCAUCUACUAUAUAUGGGACUUCUAUAAUAAGCGAUGAUGAGCCAGUUUCAUGGUUCGAGGAGUCAGCAUUCCAGGAAACAGAUGCGAAGGAUACAAAUGCUAUGAUUAAUAAAGUGAUGAUCUUGUGUCUCGCUGGAGCGGUAUGGUAUUACUUUCAACAAAGAAGGUAUCUACAAUGUUUGAUGAGUGAGAAAUAUCUGAAGACGCAGCAGGACCAAACAAUUCCUUUGGAAUUUUAUAACAAAGACGUUAAGUUUUGCUCUAGUAAUCGUACUUUUCAUACUAUUAGGCCCCUGAGGAUUCGAAAAGCGUUUUCGGGGAUGAUCAAUAGGGUUUCAUCUUCAACGUACCUGUUUCCAAAGAUCGAUUUCAACGAUGAUCCUGAAAAGAUUUUAUCAACCAUUGGACUGAAAUUGUAUGAGACGUCAUUUGGAUCACAAAAAUUAAAGACUGAACUCGACCAUUGCGCCAUUGACCAAACGGCAAGAAAACUUUGGGAGGUGAUACGUCCGGAGAACAAGUAUGAAAACUUGGUGAAUUUCAAACAGUACUUACUAUCGUAUGAGAAAGAGUUUGAAGAAGUGGAACAAAAGAAGGUGUGUCAAUUGACUCAGUUAUUGCAUUUCCAAAAGCCCAGGGGUUUGAAGGAUUUACAGCGGCAAUUCUGGGAUAUCACCAACAUGCAUUAUUUGGUAUUUGUUCCGGCCCAUGUUUGUGUGGAUAUGCUAUUUAUUUGUGCUUGGAGAGAAAUGGGAUGGCUAGAGGAGAAAAUACGGUAUACUGCUAGAGAGAAUGAUGAUGCAGAUAUCAUUCAUUUGAUUUAUCUGUUAGAUUGUUUUGAAUUCGAUAGACCACGGGAGUUUUCUGAGAUGAUUGAACUGGAAAAGGAGGAAAGUGAAGAACAAAAAUGUAUAAAUGACAUUGAAACGACUUGGGGAACAUUACUCCAAGAUCUGAGUGAUUAUGAUGAUGGUUUGGAAAUUGUUCACACGAUUUCAUGUGACCUGGAAGAGAAUCUUGUACCCUCAAUGAGUAUAGUAUCGGAGAUGGAGCAGGUUGAAUAG